UGUGAUUUCCGAGGUUCUCGAACGCAACGUUAGCCCAUCCUUUCAAAGUGACAGAUAUCUCAGAGCGUUAUAUAUUCGUGAGAAAUUAGUGCACAGAGAAACUAAUAAAACAAUUGAGUUCACAACAGGGUGUUUAAAUCAGUGAGUAAUUGAAUGAAAAACAACGUCGUCACUUCUACACAGUUGCUGCUGAGUUUUGACGCAGUCGCAGUUGCGGCACUUUACGACAUUGCAUUGCGACGCCUCACACGGCUUCUCUGCGCUCUGGUUCGAGAUGGCUUCGUCGUUUUGGAAAGGUGUUGUCGGUAUUGGACUUUUUGCCUUAGCCCAUGCAGCUUUCUCGGCGGCACAACAUCGAUCGUACAUGCGGCUCACAGAGAAGGAGCACGAAACGCUACCGAUUGACAUUGUAUUGCAGACCUUAUUGUCGUUUGUGAUGACCUGCUAUGGUAUUGUCCAUAUUGCUGGAGAGUUCAAAGACAUGGACGCGUCUUCAGAGCUGAAAAACAAAACAUUUGACACACUGAGGAACCACCCAUCCUUUUACCUUUUCAAUCACCGAGGUCGAGUGCUGUUCCGCACACCGGAGGAGGAGCCCUGCUCUGUACGUAACCAGCAGGCUCUUCCCAACCCCAUACGGCUACGCAAGCUGGAGCACUUGCACUGAGACUGGCCUUUCCUGCCCGUAAUGUGGCCAUCAGUCAGCUAGUUUGUUUUUUGUUAGACUGAGGGCGGGAACUAAGAAUUCAUCUUCCUUCCACUUUGAUUUUUAUUUGUAAAUAAACUAAUAUGCUGUCCAGACACACAUCUCUGUCCAUCAAGUGGUUUCCACCAUGUUCAGCAUCGACUGUGCCAACCCUUCAUCUUUUCUUGAGCAGAUUAGUUUGUAAAAACAAAACAAAAAAAGUGUAAAUGCUUCAGAGUCUUAAACUAUGGAGACGUUUGCCCCUGUCAUCCCUUCCGAACCGAGCUGGGAUGUUGCUGUCCUUUGUAUGUCUUUUGUAUGAAGGGGUAUAACAGAACCUGCUUUGUUACCAUUUCAUUUCAGCCGCACAUCACGGUCAGCAGCAGCCGUUCAGACAAAAUGGCAAGCAGUGGGUUUUUACUGUAUGAUCCGUAUGAUUUCCUGGAUGCGGAGCAGCUCUGUACGUCCUGGUUGACAGAAAAUGUUUGGUUUUCAUGCCCCAAGCGUAGAAGUGUGUGCGGGAAACAUUAUAUUGCCAUUGUGGUGAUAAUGUGGGCACCAGAAAUAGAAAGGAAUGGUACAUUAAGCUGGGCAAGUUUAGUUUUUCCUCCAUUUUGCAUUUUUGUUAAGAUUUAACAGAUUUGUUUUUAAUUUAAUAAAAGUCAUACUGAUUUUACA